AUGAGUCUGGGUCCAAACCCAAAUAUCCCCCCUUCUUCUGCUGCGUCGUCCGGCACAGCGUCUGGCACCCAUUCACACCAACACACAGCAGCUGGACUUGGACCUGGAACGACAGGAUCUGUGCAUGGGAUAGGAUAUCCCCCUGCCUUCCCAUUCAAUCCAUGGUCGAUGUAUCCUGGUACUGCUUAUCCCUAUCCACCGUUUCCAUUCUACCCAGCUCCCUUCCACAAUCUGCCCGGUCAUCCCUCUGCUGCACCGACUAUUCUUCCGGCUCCAAAUGCCACAAUCCCGCACUCUGGGCCUGCCGCAAAAAUCGAGGUCAUUCCUGACUCGAGCACUGUGCCCUCAACUCGUUGGCCAGAUGGCAACUUCAAAGUUGACUGUCUUGUUUCCGAGCUUCCGCCUGACUGGAAUGACGAAGGAUGGGCCUGGAGAUCAUCAGGCUCACGUAGACACGGUCUGCCAUCCGACGCGUACUCGGUCAACAAGAAUCGCUGCCUUGGAGUCUAUCACUGCGCGUGUCGUGAUUCGAGCGGAAAAUUCAGUCGUCUGAUCCGCCCAAAGAAGGAGAAGAGGUCACGAGAAGCCCAACAAAACGAUCGGUGUCUCCAGUGCCGCACAAAUCUGGUCCAUAUCCCGUGUGAUGCAUCAUACACAACUUACAACUAUGAAGACACCGACGCAGCCGAGCACAUUGUCCGACAGCACGAAGGCUACCAUUCCCAUGCUCGACCACCCACGAAGCGGCUCAGUGCAGCAGAAACGCUUGAACUGGAUGUCCAAGUCCGUCAGAACCCAACUCAGACUGCGCAACAGCUCCGGGUGGGCGCUGAAUUGGGUCAGACUCCGCUUGGAGUCAUCAAUCCUGCUUUAUUCGGCUCACGGAAGGCUCGCUCUGAGGUCGAACGGAGUAAAAUUCGGCUCGGAAUCGUUGCUCCAACUCGCUCAAGACAGAGUGGCUUUGAUCUGGUCGACACAAUGUCCAGCCUGCGUGAUAUGUUCCAGACACCGUUUAUCAUCAAGUCAGAGCUCAUCGGCGGUCAGUUUGUGGUCAUGCAAACGCCAUUCAUGCGGGAUGUGCUUCUGCGCGAUCAGAUUGAAUCUUGGUCGGAAGAGAGACUCGAAGUGGAAAGUGGACGCCAUGGUCUUCCAACAGACGGAUGCCAUGACUUUUUUAAACGCGGUGUCUUGCUUACAUCCCUGGUAUUCUCCCCAACACUAUUGCGAUGGUGUCCCGUGCUCUACACGUGGAUCGGGCAACUCGACGAGGCACAUCACAAGUCGCAUUUUGAUCAACUCCUUCCGGCCAUAGCAGAGAUUCAACAAACGCUGCGGAAUCAGCUCACUGGGUCUUAUAUCGUGCGGCCGGAACUGGCCAUGAUCUCGUCGAAGGGAUUCGACGCUUGCGGACACGUUGAUCCAAAGUUCGGCGGAACAAAACCGCAGCCAAAAUCACAUAUUCAGUGGCAUGAGAACGAUGGCCGUGCUCCAGAUACACGGGCCCGACUCGACGCUCUGAACCGCCUGGAAGCAGAGAGUACAGUCAGAGCUGCGGAUCUCACACAGGAUGAACGAUUCACAGCGUGCAAUAUGCCCGAGGCAAUCAAAAAAAACGCAGAUCAGCCGCCGUUGGUCUCCCCCUCCUCUCUUGUUCUCCAAUCGUAUAAAUGGGACUCAAUGUCCUGUUUCUUGGACGCUUCGCUCGAGGCAUUGUACCGAUCUUUUACUUCGCUUUCGACGACUCAAAGGAGCGACCUCAUGGCUCUAAUCCGCACCGAUGCUGCCUCAACUGGUCUGCGGGACAUUUUCGAACAUUUCUGGACUCGUGGUAUUGCUUCUGGCGAAUGGAGCUCGUCGUACCUGCAUGGGAAGAAUUUCCGCAACACAUCAAGGCCCUCGAUGCAUUGGUUGAAUGCGUGUCUGUAUUUUGGGCAACAGCGCGCCAAACUUCUGCUGAGCAGGAUAUGGGAUGGGGGGGAUAGAGUUGACGGACAACCAGGAUGUUGUCGAACUUGGAUGAAUCAGAUGUUACGGAUCGAUACAACUCUCGCCAUCCAGAAUCAAUUUGGGAUUGGAUAUCAGGUUCAUUUUACCUGCAAGGCCCAUAUGCGUCACCAAACCACGCAAUUCAUCCGCCCGAAAAUCGAGUUUGGUCUUCAUCGCGAUGAUAUAUUGAUUGCACAGGCCUCCUCUGACGGACGGGCCACACUUCAAGACUAUUUUCUCCAUUUCAUUCCUCGGGAUUCAUUUCAGGGAAAGACUGCACAACCGUUACAUCAAUCCCUGCCCAUUCACUGCGAGGACGGUUCUCAUUGCGCCUCAGAUUCCACAGUGACAUCCAUCGUCGUCGAAUUUCCUCUCAUUCUGCGCAUCGGGACUGGUAUGUUGGCAGACAACCCAAACGAAAAUGGGUUUUGGCCCUGGAAAGGAGUCGACUGUCAAUGCCCUGUCUUUCCACAAGAGUUCACUAUUGGGCCCGUGAACUACAAGCUCGUAUCGGCUGUCAAGUUUGUUCCUGGUGGUGUUGGGCACUUUAUUUCGACGGUCGUCAUCAAUGAUGUGGUGUACUCAUACGACGAUACACGCCAUAACGGUACUCUGCAAAAGAUAGGGCCGCUCUCCGACAUCACAAAUUGGGACUUUUCGACGAACUAUGUGAUCUAUGUGCGGACGACCAAGGAAUCGAGACUCAACCGAUCUGUCGAAGAGAUUGAACAAGACUAUACCAAGAUACCGUCUAUCGAUUCUCAAAGCAAUCCUUACCACAUCGUCGAUCCGACUCCUGUUCCAGAUCGACCGACGACUCCCACGCGAGCCAUGCCAGAUUGGUUGAAGCACCACGAAACCCCACAUGCGUCCAGCGACAAUCAGAGCAGCGAUUUCGAGAUGUUGGGAGCAAUCACGUCUUCAUGGGAUGAGCUCGAGGUCGAGCGAAUGAUCGCAGAGACGCUGGAUCCGGUGCAGGCGUCGCCAGCUCACAUCGGAAAACACCUGCUGAGUAGUAUGGACAAAUCGCCUUCCCCACCGCCAGCGAUCGCCACAUUAUCUGGAGCAGAUGAAGCUGAUUCGGACUCGAGCGACUCGGAGUUAGAAAUGGACUCGGGGAAAGCUGUCGUGGAAGAGGGCAGUACGCUUCGAUGCGAUGGGUGCUCAGAGCAAGCUCAGUUUGCAAAACAAUCAAAGCGGGCUAAUGGCGGUCUGGUGCCCUGUGAAUCAUGUCGCCAGUGCUCUCACAUCAGCUGCCUGGAUUCCGACACGAAUUGGCUCUUGGAUCGUGUGCGAUUCAUCUGCAAGUUGUGCGAUAAUUCGCACCCAGGCUCGAUUCUGGCUGUUCCUUAUCCAGCGACCAACGAUCCGGACGAUUCUGGGAGCAGGUUUUAUCCUGCAGUUCUUGUUCGGCGUCAUGUUGAGCGACGAGGGCAGUCAGACGAGUACGAAUUCAGCUGGUCCGAGUUCCUGGAUGGCGUUCUGUUCAACGCUCCAGAUCGACCAACUCAGCUGGAUAACUUCUUUCUGCCUCAUGCAACUUUCGUUCGCUACUCAAAUAUGAUUCAUAAGGGACGCAAAAAAGUCCCAGACUCAAAGAUAGGGACAUAUCGCGUCCCAUUCUACCUCAAUCCGAAGGCGGAGAUCCAUGUGAACUCGAACCUUGCUCAAGUGUUUUCCGCUGCUAUCCCGGUCGUUGGCAAUGUCCUCCGAUUGUGGGACCAGCGUCAUGUGGUUAUCAAAGCCUGGAUUCGCUACAGCAGGGAGCAACGAAAAAAGAAGAAACGCCUCGGCCCCGAUUCUUGGGCGUCGAAGCUGGGUCUGAUAUUCACUGAAGAACUCGAUCAGACCCUCGGGUAUGCACUGUCCCGGCUGAUGAUCCAUACGACGUUGGCUGACAUACCUUUCCAUGAACGCAAUGAGCGCGUGCAGAGCGUCGGUUGCGUUCUCUUCCACCUCCUCUUCGUCCAGCGGGAGCUUGGAGAGCCCUUUGACGCUGGCGGUGCUUCUUUCGACGAUCUCCGCUCGGAAUCCAUUCUGGCUUGUCCCCCAAAGCACGUGGAUGCGGUCGAAACAGCGAUGUUCCAAAUCUGGCGGGUCCGCUGGAAUACGGUGGAUGAGUUGGGGGAGGCGCGAAGAAAAUUCCGUGCAAAUCAUUGCACAUAUGAUGCGCACCAUACUUGGCCGGUCUAUCACCGGGUUAGUGGUGCCGCGCCGCUAGAUGCAGUCGUGGCAGUGAUUCCAGAGCACCUGCGUAGCGAGGAGGAACAAGAGCCCGCACCCCCGGAGCGACCGAAGCCGAAGCCGCGCAAGAAGGUUGCGACUGUGGCUAGCGUCUGCAAACGCUCACGCGCCGAGGAAGAACAAGAACCCGCAGCCCCGGAGCGACCGAAGCUACGCAAAGACAUUGUGACUGUGGCCAGCGUCCGCAAACGCUCACGCGCCGAGGAAGAACAAGAGGAGGAUCUCCCCGCUCAGAAACGACCAAAGCGGCAGCAGCGCAAGAGGGCUGCUGCGCCGGCCAGCAAGACCCCAGCGCCGCCUCAAAAGAAGGCUCGAGUGACUCCGGGAAGAAAAAAGAGGGUUUAG